AUGACUGCCGUUGCCAAUCCGCCCAGCUUCGCCAACAUCAACCGGCCGGCAUGGGGUAGUGGCAGCCAAGCUCUCAACGGCUCCAGCAACCACGACGACGUCCGCAGCAUGUUUGCGCCGCGGAAGUCCAUGCAGCGAACCAACUCCUCCUCGUCCAUCGCCUCCAACGCGUCCACCUCUUCCACAGUCACCGUCGUCUCGGCCAACGGGACACCGCCUGCUAACGGUGGACCAGUCGGUGGCUCUGCGGGCAUCGGUAGCAUCGCUGGGGGCGGCGGUCCCUCGUCGGCCGCUGGUGGUAACGACGCGAACGGCCUCCCUAUCACAACGCUUCGUAAACGACCGCCUCAAAAAGCACAAUGGUCGGCCAACAAGCAGGGUGAGCACCAGGCCGAUUUUCUGCGCGGCGCCGGUGGUGCGGCUGCAGGACGCCAGCAAAUGAGCGCAGGCCCCAACGGCGUGGCGUCCCUGCACCAGUUACCACCAUUUGUCCCCGGAGGUCAAGCAGCGGCUGGUGCCGGGACGAACGGAACAAACGGUGUCAUGGCUCGCCCACAAGGCGCCGAGGGCGCGUCCUCCCAAGCACAGCCUGUCCUGUACCUCGUAUCACUGAACGGCACAUUUGAGCGGAAGACGAUCAGCGUGCCCUUUUUGCCCGACACACUCCGCAUUGGUCGCCAGACCAAUAAGAGCACGACACCGAACACGGUGAACGGCUUCUUUGACAGCAAAGUGUUGUCGCGGCAGCACGCUGAGAUCUACGCCGAUCGCCAAGGCACCAUCUGGAUCCGUGAUAUUAAGUCGUCCAACGGAACCUUUGUGAAUGGCACGCGCUUGUCAGCCGAGAACCGCGAGUCCGAGCCACAUGAGCUGCAAACGAACGACCACCUUGAGCUCGGUAUCGACAUUGUGAGUGAGGACCAAAAGUCGGUCGUCCACCACAAGGUUGCCGCCAAGGUCGAGCACGCCGGCUUCAUCAAGACGUCCAGCAAUAUUAUGGAUAUGAAUUUUGGCGACCUCGACCCGGCCAAUGGCGCCGUGCUGGGCAACCAGCUCAACGGCAUGCUGUUCCGCGGGCGCACGGGCAGCCAGGCCUCGCUGGGCCCGGCCGGCCGCAUGGCACCCACAUCCAACAUGGCUGCUGCCCAGAAUAAUGGCCUGGCGUUGCAGCGCGGCCUGUGGCUCACAGGGCCCUCGACCGAAGCCAUCGUCAAGAAGAUUCACACCCUCUUAUCCAAAGACGACAUCCGCAACGAACCCAACCCCAUGACCGAUGCCGUAGCGACAGAUCCGCUGUCCGCCGCAUCAAGGCAGCAGCCACUGCAGCCCAUCUCCAACGGCAACAACAGUAUUUCGUUCCGCGCCGAUCCCAAGGCGCGGUUCUCCGACCCGCCCGCACCGCCACCACAACAGCCGUUGCCCGAGAAGCCCGAUGUACCAUCACUGAAACGUGGCUCAACAGAGCGACCCAAAUCCGGGUCGGUUGGCCCUGCGUCCGGUGCCGCAAACAACACGUCACCAAUCCGGACCGACGUCAUGGGCCAGGUUCUCCAGCUGACCGACGCGCUCAACACGGCCAAGCGCGAGAUCAGCACACAGCAUACGCGGUUGCGUGAGCUCGAAGAGCAGCUGCACCAUGAGCAAGAGGCGCGCAAAUAUGCCGAGGAGCUGACACAGCAGCUGGAGAUCAUGUCUGUGUCCAAACCGACGACCGGUGUCGACACGGCUGCUCUGGCGGCCGUUGCAGCGCCGAUAAUGAACGGUACGGCCAAGGGCGCUACGGCGCUGGAGACAGCUUUGGGCGAGCCCGCAGCAUCGCUCAGCAAGGACGUUACCGGCAAGUCAAUGCGUGGCGCGAAAGGCACAGAAGCCUCCGCUAGCAGUGAUGACGAUGAGGAGGACGACGACGACGCUGAAAAGGACGAUCACGACAGCAAAACGGACGCCGCGUUCCGCGCCCGGAUCGACUCUAUGAUGACGGAAAUGGAGGGCAUGAAGCGCCAGCUGCAAGCCUUCCAGGAGCGCGCCGAAAAGGCCGAGGCCGAGCGGGACGCCGACCGCGAGACGCUGGCCCAGAUGAUCCAACGCAUCCGCCAGCGAGACGAAGACGACGCCAAGGCAGCCGCCGAAGCUGCUGCGGCAUCCUCCGCAGCCGCAUCAGCACUGGCUACGGGCCAGUCGGCAUCCGUAGCUGACACGACAACCCAAGGCGACGCCGGGCCCACCUCCACUUCGCAGUACAUGUCGGGUGGCCGCGGCCUGGACGCCACGUCAGCCACCGACGGUCCGGUGGACGCCCCAACCACGGCCCCGACCACCAGCGGCCGCGACGCGAGACGCAAUGGUGCUACCAGCAACAGCAGCAGCAGCAGCAACAGCAACAGCAGCGGUCCUCUGUCGCGGUCGAAGCAACAGCCAGCGGGCGGCGCCGGCGGCGGGCACGAUGACAAUGGCCCCGACGGUGCAUCGCUCUCCCGCAGCAACACCAUCACGCCCGCCUCGCUCGGCAGCAAGGUCACCACCAAGGACAAGGGCGGCGCCGCCACGUCCCACGACGCUGCUGUGCUGCACGGCAUUCCCUACGCAUCGAUGGUGGGUGUCGUGCUGAUCGGCAUGGGCCUGAUGGCGUACCUAAACGGCUGGCAGCCAGCGCCCGGCCGCCUGGAUCGGUAG